AUGUCCAACCUUAUUGCUACCAAGCGUGUCGACCUUCUCGCGCCUUACCUCGCCCUUGACCAGGGAGAGCGUAUCCAGGCCGAGUACAUCUGGAUCGACGGCGAUGGAGGUCUCCGAUGUAAGACCGCCACUGUCGACAAGCCUCCUGCGUCCGUCGCGGACCUCAAGGAGUGGAACUUUGACGGUUCCUCUACCAACCAGGCCCCCGGAGAGCAGUCCGACGUCUUCCUUCGUCCCGUCGCCAUCUUCAAGGACCCCUUCCGAGGUGGCAAGAACAUUCUCGUUCUUUGCGAGUGCUACGACCACGACGGCUCUCCCAACAAGUCCAACUACCGUGCCCACUGCAAGAAGGUGAUGGACGCCGCCAAGUCUACUGAGCCCUGGUUCGGUCUCGAGCAAGAGUACACCCUCUUUGACGCCGAUGGCCAGAUCUUUGGCUGGCCCAAGAAUGGUUUCCCCGGCCCCCAGGGUCCUUACUACUGUGGUGUCGGUGCCGGUAAGGUGUUUGCCCGUGACUUUAUCGAGGCCCACUACCGAGCUUGUCUUUACGCCGGUGUCAACAUCUCUGGUAUCAACGCCGAGGUCAUGCCUUCCCAGUGGGAGUUCCAGGUCGGCCCCUGUACCGGUAUCGAGAUGGGUGACCACCUCUGGAUGGCCCGAUUCCUCCUUCUCAGGAUUGGUGAGGAGUGGGGAAUCACUCCUUCCCUCCACCCCAAGCCCAUCAAGGGUGACUGGAACGGUGCUGGUUGUCAUUCCAACUUCUCCACCAAGGACAUGCGAACCCCCGGCAAGGGUAUGGCCGCUAUCGAGGAUGCUAUCAAGAAGCUUGAGAAGAAGCACCUUGAGCACAUUGCCGUCUACGGUGAUGACAACGACCAGAGGUUGACCGGCAAGCACGAGACUGCUUCCAUGACCAACUUUUCUGCUGGUAUCGCCAACCGAGGUGCUUCCAUCCGAAUUCCCAGGCAUGUUGGUGCCCAGGGCUACGGUUACCUCGAAGAUCGACGACCCGCUUCUAACGUCGACCCUUACCGAGUUACCGCUAUCCUUGUCGAGACUACUCUCCUCAACUAA